AGCGAAGGAUCUGAAUGUUAUGUAUUUACAGACGACAAUGUUGUCUUUGUUGGGUCGAUCAACCUCAACAGCAUGUCGUCCAGCUGUGGUAAUUCUUGCCCAAAUCCAACCGCAGUCUACGCAUUCGGCUGUUACAACUCCUCAUCCUGAGACUGCAAAGCCUCCACAACCUAUUGUAAGCUCGCAAGCCUCACAAUUUAGGAAGGGAACUGGUGGACGUGCUUCUUUUUCCGGCAAUGUUGUGACGGUUUUCGGAGCUACCGGUUUUAUGGGACUUCCCGUCAUCAAUAGACUUGCAAAGAUGGGGACCCAAAUCAUUGUUCCGUAUCGGCAAGAUCCGUAUUACAUGAAAGAGCAUAAGAUUCCUGGAGAAUAUGGGCAGAUCCUCUUUUUCCCUUUCGAGCUCGAUGAUGAGCAGAGCAUCAGGAAGGUGGUGCGAUAUUCAAAUAUCGUCAUCAACAUGAUUGGGACUAGAGUUCCUACCAAGAGGUACGGCUACUACGAAGUACACGAACAAGGAGCUCGUAGGCUCGCUAAGAUCUGUCGAGAGAUGGGCGUCGAACGAUUUAUUCACAUGUCUGCUCUUGGUGCUACAGAGAAUCCACCCAAAGGGCAUUAUGUCAAGCAGUCGAACUUUCUUCGCAGCAAGGGCCUGGGAGAGCUUGCUGUACGAGACGAGUUUCCCAGUGCUACCAUCGUUCGCCCCUCUUUGAUCUAUGGAGAGCUCGAUGGUUUCAUUUCAUAUUAUGUGAGCAGAUAUAGGAAGACUCCGCUCGAUUUGGUGUAUCUGUACAAGAAAGGAGAGCACACGUAUAAAAUGCCAAUUUGGGGUGGUGACGUCGCCGCGGGCCUUGCUGCUCUUGUGAGAGACCCAACGUCGGCAGGUCAGACGUACGAAUUUGUUGGACCACAUUGCUACCAACUCAGUGAAUUGAUGGAUUUUAUGUAUAGAAAAGCCCACUGUAUUACCGAAUUUGGAUUCCAUUACCGACGGCAUUCGCUUCCUGACCCGUACUUCAUCAUUCUCACAUGGCUAACUGAGCAAUGGGGUCAUUUCUUCAAGACCAAAGUCCCUCUAAAUCGCGAAUGGAUGGAAUAUGUUGAAGUGAAGGAUGAUGUUCUGACUGGGCAACGAACUUUGGCCGAUUUGGGCAUUCGACGCCUCACUGAAUUUGAAUUUGCCGGAGGAAAACAAGCAUUUUAUCAGUCCUUCAACAAAUAUUUCGAGGAACAAUAUGGAGAACUUCCUCAGCCACCCCUUCCAUUGAGAUCUCCUCCAAUUGUGAAGAAGCCGGGUAUGGAAGACAAGGCUGCUUUUGAUGAUGUGGAAGUGUUGCGUUUGUCUCCCACCAGUAGAUUUUUAUAG